GGAAAUGGGGGAAACUCUCAAGCUUCCGAUCAUCGACUUAUCAUCAACGGAUCGCUUAUCGACUGCUACAACUAUCCGCAGAGCAUGCGUAGACUUUGGUUUCUUUUACCUUGCGAAUCAUGGGGUUGAAGAAGAGUUUCUUAAGAGAGUGUUUGAAGAGAGUAAAAUGUUAUUCUCACUUCCCCUGGAACAGAAGAUGAAACUGGCGCGAAAGGAAAACAGAGGUUACUCCCCCUUUUAUGCUGAGAAACUGGAUACUUCGUUGAAUUCCAGAGGUGAUCUAAAAGAGUCUUUCCAUAUUGGUCCUAUAGAAGGCACUACAACUCUAACUAAUCUGAAUCAAUGGCCUUCAGAAGAAGCUCUGCCAUCGUGGAAACUCACAAUGGAAUCUUAUUAUCAGACAGUCCUGAAUGCUGGGAAAAGCCUGGUCUCUUUGAUUGCUUUGGCUUUGAACUUGGAAGAGAACUUCUUUGAGAAACUAGGGGCAUUGGAUGCACCAAUGCCAUUUGUUCGUCUGUUACACUAUCCAGGCGAACUAGCUGUUUCCAAUGAGGAAACAUAUGGUGCUUCCGCUCAUUCAGAUUAUGGAAUGAUUACUCUUCUUGCAACUGAUGGGGUCCGUGGACUUCAGAUAUGUAGAGAGAAAUAUAGGCAGCCUCAAGUCUGGGAGGAUGUGCAGCAUGUCAAUGGGGCUUUCAUUGUUAACAUCGGCGAUAUGAUGGAGAGGUGGACUAACUGUUUGUUCCGUUCGACGUUGCACAGAGUCAUACCAGCUGGACAAGAACGCUAUUCUGUUGCCUUCUUCUUAGAUCCAAACAGUGAUUGCAUGAUAGAAUGCUUGGAAAGUUGUUGCAGUGAGAAAUUCCCACCUAGGUUUCCUCCCAUACGCAGUGGGGACUACCUGCAAGAGCGUUUUAGGGUCACAUACUCUUCGCAGUAGGGAUGGCUUAAAACAUGAGAACCCUAAGAAUGUCCAACUUCAGUUAGUUUUAACAUGGUUCUGAGCAUUUUUCAUCAAGUUGGAUGGAAGGCAUGAAUCCAUUAGAAACAUCUAAUGGUUGUGAAUGUAAUGUAGUUUGGACUUGAUGUGAAUGUAUUUGCUUGCCUGUUGUAAGUCAUAGUUUUCACUACUUCAAUAUCAUACCAUCGUUAUAACUUUUUAUUAGAAAGUACAGUUGGCUUCA